AAUUCGACUUUUGGGUUAAAAAAAAAAAAAAAAAACUAAAUCCACAUACAAAAUUCAAUAAAGGCGUAAUUUAAUCGGGGGUUGUCAAAAAAGAGUUGAGAGAGUGGGGUACUCUACAAUCAGAUUCUCUAUUCGGUUUAAAAAUCUGAUCUUGGCUUUAAUUAGGAUCGUUUUAAAUAUUAUUCUUUUUACUUUUCUACUCUUCUUUUUGGAAAGUGUGACAUAAACAUAGUUAAAUGCAGUGAUCCAAAAAUGUUAACCUGGGCAAAAUAAAAGUAGAAGGCUUUAAACUGAGUUAACGCGUUGAGUUAUUAAUAUCGCCCCCCAAAUUAAUAAGAAUCCUAAUCAGCCAAGGUGAAUGAAGAACAGAGGAGUGUGCAGGCUUGAAAGCGUGUGUGUGUGAGUGUUUCUGUUGAGAUUCAGCCCUGGCGGGAUUCUUCAGCAGGGCCCCAUGGCUCCUAUGAACACGCCCAGAUAGAUGAAGCAGAUAAAUAUCCAAGACCUGCGGGUAGCAGAGGAACUGUGAGACAGAGAUAAUCGCACUUGCUCACCCCAAGAGUUACCUGUGACACCCUCGCAAUGACAAGAGGGCCCAGCGAUAGGGGCCACGUAAUGGGAUUUUUGGAUGAUACCCUAGUCGGUGAUUUAUAAAAGUACCGAAACAUCUGCUGCUCUUUUUUUUUUUUGAUGCUUUUCGUCACUUUGGACUUCCCCUGGAGUUACCUGAGUCGUGAUCGACCGGAGCGUAAGGGAACCGAGUGAUUAAUCAGCUCCACGAAUCGUUGCAUGAAACUGAGAGCUGGGUCGAAAUGAGUCGGAGAACACGACGCUGGAUUUUAAGAGUUUUACUUUGCCUGGGAAUUGUUUACUUGAAAAUCGGUGGCUUCUCAUCGGUGGUGGCGCUAGGUGCGAGUAUAAUCUGUAACAAGAUCCCCGGUUUGGCCCCAAGACAACGGAUUAUCUGCCAGAGUCGCCCCGAUGCCAUUAUCGUCAUCGGAGAGGGAGCCCAAAUGGGCAUCAACGAGUGUCAGUUUCAGUUCAAAAACGGGCGCUGGAACUGCUCUGCGCUUGGAGAAAGGACUGUCUUCGGAAAAGAGUUGAAAGUGGGCAGUAGAGAGGCUGCAUUCACCUACGCCAUCAUCGCAGCAGGGGUGGCCCAUGCAAUCACAGCCGCCUGUACACAGGGUAACCUGAGUGACUGUAGCUGUGACAAGGAGAAGCAGGGUUUCUACAGUAAAGACCAAGGAUGGAAGUGGGGAGGCUGCUCAGCAGAUAUCAGCUACGGCUUAGGCUUCUCCAAAGUAUUUAUUGACGCACGGGAGGUCAAACAGAAUGCAAGGACACUCAUGAACCUCCAUAAUAACGAGGUGGGACGCAAGGUGCUGGAGAAGAACAUGCGACUGGAAUGCAAGUGUCAUGGUGUCUCGGGCUCCUGCACAACCAAAACCUGCUGGACUACACUUCCCAAGUUCCGCGAGCUCGGUUACAUUCUCAAGGAGAAAUAUGCCCAUGCCGUACACGUGGAACCAGUCAAAGCCAGCCGCAACAAGCGCCCUAAAUUCCUCAAGAUCAAGAAGCCGUACUCUUACCGAAAGCCCACGGAUACAGAGCUGGUGUACAUAGACAAGUCUCCUAACUACUGUGAGGCGGACCCCGUCACGGGGAGCUUGGGGACGCAGGGAAGGGUGUGUAACAAGACAAUGAUGCAACACAUCAGCGGCUGCGACUUGAUGUGCUGCGGUCGGGGAUACAACACACACCAGUACUCCCGGGUCUGGCAGUGCAACUGCAAGUUCCUGUGGUGCUGCUAUGUGAAAUGCAACACAUGCAGCGAGAGGACAGAGGUGUACACAUGCAAAUGAGAAUAUUUAUUGGAUGGUGUGCGUGUGAGUCUGUGCGUGCAUGUGUGUGUGUGUGUGUGAGAUGUAUGCAUGUGAGCGGUCUUGUUUUUGUGUUUUAAUGGACAACCUUUACAAGAAAAAAAGAGGCUGCUUUUGCAGUCUUUACACACAUCAUGAGGAACUACUGUACUGCAUAUACAGUAAGCUAAAAAUGAGGCACCAUGAUUCUUUUGCACAAAAGCUCUUCACCCCUCUUCUUGGACUGCUCGUUGGGAUGUAGUGGCGAUGCAUUGUGACAACCACUGUUAAAGGGGAAAAAAAAUGUAGCCCGACAUAUGCGACUGGGUGACCACAAAGGGAGUCUCUAAAGUUAAAUGUCAAGACUUUAAGCUAUAUGGACGUGUACCGACAUGCUGACUGCUUGGACUUUGCCAAUGCAGAUAAAUUAUGGUGGACGUUAUGCCAGGCAGCACACACUGCCGUAGUUCCAAUGCCACCUAUGCACAGAUGAAAUUAAGCAGCAAUUUGGAAUAUUUAACAUACUUGUAUUUAGAGAAUGAAAAGUAAUUAAUAUUAAUUUAUUCUAUAAAGAACUACUGAUUUUGUCCGAUUUGGACACAAAAAAACAAAAAACUAAAUGUCAUGAGUUUAUUAAAGAAACCCAACCUCGUUCAUGGUUAAGACACUGGAACUGAAUCUGUCUGGAAUAAUCCGUAUUGCUGUAGACUAAUGUUGUUCCAGAUGAAAAUGCUGUAGGCUACUCAAAUUGACCUUCUGACCUUCUCAUGAGUUUGUCUUCCGUCUGUUUGCUGCUAGUCUAGAAACGUGAGGUAGAAGGCUGUACUUGUAUGCUGUACUGACCGUCUUCAGCGGCAUUCCUCACUUCAAGCUGAUUUAGCUUAACUGGAAUCAUUGAUCAAAAACAAACAAACGAAAACCACAGGCACACUUUCCAUGUUUGGUAAGCAUUGGUUAAUAGAGUAUAUUUUGUAAAAGCCUAUUUUUAUAUGAAUGUUUUAUUUAUAUAUUUUGCAUAUUCAAGGUCGCAUUCUGACCCCGACGUCUGUUUUUAAACCCCUGUGAAAAAAAAAGAAGCUGAUAUAUGUAAGUUGGCCCCUGUUGUCGCUGCCAUAGUUGUAUAUUGUAAGUGAUAGAGACUGUUUAUAAGUGUUCAAAUGUCUGUGUUUACUGCAUUUCAUGACUACUACUGAUGGAAUACAGGAAAAGAAUAACACUUACAA